CCAGCCGCUCCUUGGAAACCCUAUGGGCAGUUCUACUUUGUCCUAUAGGGUCGCUAUGAGUCGGGAUCGACUCGACGGCAACGGUUUUGUUUUAGUAGAAAAUUAGAAGGUACUAACCCUUAGAAUUGUGAUAAAGGUGCAGUAUAGAUCCUCAAAGAGUACAAGGUUUAUUUAUUUUAAAAUAUUGAGCAGCUGUAUGGAAGGCAGGUGUUGUGGUAAAGAAAUACCCAGUCUUCAAAGAGUAGGAGAAAGGGUGCUUCCUGUGGAACUGGAUAUGAUGGAAGGAGAGAAUCCAUUUAUCUUUAUUGUUGCUCAGGUGAUAAAUGCUGAAGAACCUUUAUCUGGCAGAGGAAGAGAAUCUCGAAAAUCUGGUAGUUUAGAAGAGCACUUGGAGAAGUAAAGAAAGUGAACCAGAAAGGAGAGAAGAGACUACAAACACAGAAGAAUGUCUGGCAGCAAAGAAAGGAAGAGUCAGGGAGAGCCUAAGGAAGCUGUGGUUAAACAAGACACAACUUCAUUAACUGAUGCUGUAGAGCAAGUUGCAAAGCAACAGCAAUCUCAAACAUCUGAAAUAGAAAAAAACAAAAAAGUUCUCUUCCAUUUGCAGAAUGAACUUCAUGAGCUUGAAAAACAAAUAGCAUCUGUCUCCGCAGAAACUAAAGAAAUAGGAAGGCAAAUUUAUCAGCAAGAUGCUGCCAUAGAGAACACCAAACUUCAGUGCAGAAGCCUGGAAACUCAAGUCAUAUCCUUACAUACAGAAAAUGUAAAGCUUAAAUUUGACAUAGAAGCAGCUCAAGAAGAUUUUGAGGAACACAUGAUAAGAUAUAAUGCAUAUUAUGCAAAAAUAAAGGCACAUAAAGAUAGUUUGGAAGAGAUAGAAAGCAAAUGGUCAUUCAUGAUUGAACUCAAUGAAAAACGAGAUCUUGUUAAAAAACUAAUGACAAUGAAAGAGGAACUUACGCGAGAUCUCCGAAAUCCAGAAGGAAACCGCAUAAAGCAAGUACAGGAAGAUAUUACAAAGCUAAGCAAUACAAUUAUAACCAUAAAAGAAUCUAUCGUUGAAAAAACUUGUGUCCUUGAGAAAGAAAAAAAGAUACAUGAAAAAUUAAGAAAAGAAAUAGAGGUACAGCAUAAGAGAUACGAUGCAAUUCUUAAGCGAUUGCAUUGUCAGGUGAAAAAGCGUCAGUCAAAUAGAAGGCAAUGGCAAUGGAACAUUCAACAACUGGAAAAAACUGCAGCUGAGCUAAGACAACGCAUUGGAAUGCAAAAAUAAUGCCAUAGGGCCGUGUGGCACACAGACUGUGCCAACUCAAAUUAUGGGACAGAGUGUUGAGAAAAUCCUUUGGAUUCUUAACAACCAGCAUCCACUAUAAGAGGUCUGUCUUAAUGAGAGAUAUAUUUUCUCCUUUUUUGAAUAGUCAUCCAUUUAUUAAAGCACAUUCCAACCCUACAACUGAGCAGAUAGAUAAUAGGAAGGUUUACUGGAAAAUAGUGGAAGACGAUAAAUGUUCUCAGUCAGUGUGUAGGAUGUAUUGUACUCAGGAGUGCCUCUUUAUAACCAUGUUGCAUUCACCACCAUAGUAAGUAAAACUCUUAGAAGAGAAACUUGAAUUUCCAAUGAUUUAAAUUGUUAAGAUAUAAAAAACAGGCUAUUUCAAACUUUUUAUUUUUUAUUAGAACUUGUUCUUUUACAACCGUCUUCACAGUAGC